AUGGCCGCCUUCUGGAAGCCCGAUGUUGCGAUUCCCACUCUCGUGGGCAGCCUCUCCUCCUUCGUUGCCACAAGUAUCGUGGUACUCCUUUGGCUUAUAUCGCAUGGCGCAAAGGACAAUCUUCGUUAUGCCCUCAUAAUCAACCUCACAUUUGCCGGAGGACUUAUGCUGACAACGAAAUCGUGGCUACAAGAACUGAUAAAUUCUCUGAACAAUUCCAUCUCGGGAAGCUACGUAGUGGCCACACGACAAUCAGUUCCACCUGGUGAUACCUGCAGUGCAAAUGGCUGGAUAGGACAGGUGAAGAAAAAGGCCGCCGACUUCUCUAUCUUAGCCAUUGCGAUUGCAACGCUUCUUACAAUCAAGCGUACACCAUGGAUAUUGAACCCAUCAUUCACCAAGAAGUAUUUCAUAUGCCUGUCUACCUGGCUCACCCCACUCGCCACAGCUACGACGGCUCUCGCAAUGGGCAAGAUGUCGGCUGUCUCGGGUAAUUGGUGUUGGAUUUCAAUGGACCCGCGCGGCCUGCGCUAUAUCCUCGGUCACGGCUGGCGCUUUAGCAUUUUCAUCGCCACUACCAUCAUCUACGCAGUCAUUUUCAGGCAAUUGCAAUAUCGUCUUCGGAGUCGGGAGAAAUACAACAGGACAUUUUCUUUCUAUCCUGGUAGUAUGAAUCCAGCAGUGGAACUUAGCCUCCGUCGGUCUCACCAAUCACUCUUGGGCGGUGAAGGCCAACACCAAACAGGAAGUGUAAUGCCUCGAGAUCAGGCUUUGCACACAAACGUCUGGCGUGAACGGGAUGAUGAGCAACUUCCCUCAGAUUUACCUGUUCAUCCAAUCCGAGCCCAGAGACCAUCUUAUUCCUCCACCUUGUGCGACGAAUCGACUCUCAAAUCUGACUUCCAGCCACGCUUGCGCGUCACGGAAAGCUCGCAACUCGAUCAGGAUACAUGGCAGUGGGUGCUCAUGGUCUUCUAUCCACUGACGUACGUUCUGCUCUGGAUCCCUGGAAUCGCCAAUCGCAUGGUAGAGCUAAUGGGCACCGAGUAUCGCUGGUUAACUGUCAUGCAAGCUUCGACACAGUGUACGGGGCUCGUGAACUCCAUUAUUUACGGUCUGAGGGAGCAUCGCGGGAUUUGGAAGACAUGGGUCAAUCGCUAUAUUGAUCGUCACUACAGUGCAUGAAUUUGUGGCUUUAGUCCCCUGUGUGACAAGUACUGGAUCAAGGAGUUAUGACUGUAUAAUGGCUGGUGUGCGCUCAACAAAGCGCAAAGUCGACUAGUGUGG